GCCCAAAAGAAGAAAGAAACCAUUAGAGAGAAAAAUGAGAGAAUAAUUGACCUCCAAGACAAAUCUGCAAAUUUUACCAAUUUUCAAAAAAAAGAACUGGAAACUUACUGCAAUAUUCUGCAAGAAGCCCAAGCUGGCUCAGACAAGAUAAACAGCAUGAACACUGAGAUUUGGAAAGCAGAUAAUGAACGAGAAAGCAAAAACAUGGAAUUAACAAACAUGCAGACAGAGCAGGUCCAGCUGAAAAGAAUUCUUGCCUCAAAGAUUGAAAAACGGGAUAAGUACCAGAUGCAGCGGCAGAAGAAACAGGAGGCUCAGGACUACCAUCUUGAAAUCAGAGCCACUGAUUGUGAUCAGUUGAAGAUUCGAAGACUGGAAGUGAUUGAACAGAUUGCUCAGAUACACAAAGAGUGUCAGCAGAUUGAGGCACAAAGCCAAGAAUUGGAGAAGCGCUGUGAGAAGGAUGUCUUUGAAUUGCAGAAUCUAUGUUCAAACUUGUUGAUUCUGAUGGAAAACUAUCAUGAAGGUUUGGCUAAUGUGACACACAAGGCCCUCCAAGGGAGAAGAGAGAAAAUGGUCAAAUUGGAGAGGGCGAUGAAUGAAAGGACUUAAAAGUCUGCACUCUUUCCACAACUUUAUUUUCUUGUUUCUUAGUCUCUUUACCUUAGACUCUUGUUCCUCUACUUUACCUUUAAGUUACUUUACAAUGUAACUUGAGUUGUUGUAGUUUCAUGUUGUUUCAAGAGUUUGUCACCGUUUAAAUGUAUAUAUUCAGUAUGUUUAUAAAUACAAUCUGUGUCUGCUCAAAUUGUUUCCUAAAGCAACAGAUGGUAGUAGAAACUUUAAACAUAACUUUAAAUAAUAUUAGUAAUGUGUUUAUCUAAGCAAAUGUAUGCUUGUGAUCCUUUUUGAUGUAUAACUUCAUAAUAAAAUGUAUAGAAAUUAAAGUUUUGUUUCUUAUGAA